AUGGAGUCUCUGCUUCAGCAGUCCCGCGCCCUCUGCCCGUUCCUGAAGAAGACUGCCCCGGCUACGUUGCGAGCGCUCUCCACCACCACCAAACCGAGUUCUAGCGUCGUCGGAGGCACCACCACCAACCUCCAGGUUGUUGCCAGGCGCUGUCCUGUCAUGGGCAAGGCUCUCGCUGUCCAGAGCGCACGCAUUGCGCUGAGAAGUGGUGAGGCGAGGGCCUUUGGCACCUGUCCUCGCUCGGCUGGCGCUGCUGGCCUCGUCAGGGAGAACCUGCGCCGACGCCAUGGCAAGGCUCUCUGUCCGGAGUCGAAGAAGGGACUGCAUACUACUGCUGCCCAGGCGGCUGUCGUUGGCCAGCAGGCCCGGGGAAAGUCUAGAGCAGUCCCGGUCCCUCCGCGGGUCACCAUCGAGCAGCUUAACUGCGCCAGAGAAGCCUAUGCCGGCCCCAAACCAGCUAUCCCAUCGACUACUGCAAAAUUCGACUAUGAAGGCUUCUACCGAGGCGAGCUGGACAAGAAGCUUAAGGACAAGUCAUACCGCUACUUCAAUAAUAUCAACCGUCUGGCCAAGGAGUUCCCUCGGGCACAUAUGGCAUCCCCGGAGGACAGAGUCACUGUCUGGUGCGCCAACGAUUAUCUCGGCAUGGGCCGCAACCCUCAUGUUUUGAGGAGCAUGCACGAUACACUCGACAACUAUGGAGCUGGUGCUGGAGGAACCCGCAACAUAUCUGGUCACAACCAGCAUGCUGUUGCUCUGGAGAAGACGGUGGCAGAUCUCCAUCGAAAGGAGGCUGCUCUUGUCUUCAGCUCUUGCUAUGUUGCUAACGACGCUACAUUGGCCACGCUUGGUAGCAAGCUACCAGACUGCGUGAUUCUCUCUGAUAGCCUCAACCAUGCUUCUAUGAUCCAGGGUAUCCGCCAUUCUGGUGCCAAAAAGUACGUCUUCAAGCACAAUGACCUCGAGGACUUGGAGAUGAAACUCGCCGCUCUGCCACCUGGUAUCCCUAAGAUUAUUGCCUUCGAGUCCGUUUACAGUAUGUGUGGCUCCGUUGCCCCUAUUGAAGCCAUCUGUGAUCUGGCGGAGAAGUACGGUGCUAUCACCUUCCUUGAUGAAGUACAUGCCGUAGGCAUGUACGGGCCACACGGUGCUGGUGUGGCUGAACAUCUCGACUACGAGGCGUACGCCAACCCUGAAGCAGAUAUCAGGGGUACCGUCAUGGACCGUAUUGACAUCAUUACCGGUACCCUGGGCAAGGCCUAUGGCUGCGUAGGAGGCUACAUUGCUGGAUCCGCAGAUCUGGUCGACACAAUCCGCUCCCUUGCCCCCGGGUUUAUCUUCACCACCUCCUUACCCCCCGCUACCAUGGCAGGUGCGACCACCUCUAUCAAAUAUCAAUCUUCUUAUACCCGUGAUCGUACCAUGCAGCAACUCCACACAAGAGCAGUCAAAUCUGCCCUGGAUGCAAAUGAUAUCCCCGUAAUUCCCAAUCCAUCACACAUCAUCCCGAUUCUCGUUGGAGACGCCGAAGUCGCCAAGAAGGCAUCUGACAUGCUCCUGGAAGACUACGGUAUCUACGUCCAGGCAAUCAACUACCCGACCGUCCCACGCGGCGAAGAGCGUCUCCGCGUUACUCCUACCCCCGGCCACACGAAGGAAUACCGUGACCAUCUUGUUAAGGCUCUCAAGGGCGUCUGGGAACGUCUCGGCAUCCGCAAGACCAGUGACUGGAAGGCGGCCGGUGGCUUCCUCGGCGUAGGAUCAGCCCAUGAGGAGAAGAACCUCCCUCUCUGGAAGGAUGAACAGCUUGGCCUCUCCACUGGUGAGGAGCUGGAGACUGCCAUCGAACGCGAGUUGAAGGCCGAGGUAGAACAUAGAGAGCAUAUGAUCCGUGAAUUGGCUGUUGAAUGCGCAGCUGAGGCAAAGGAGGCUCAAGGCCAACGUGUCAACCAACAUAUUACGGCAUCUGCUUAA